AUGGUUACGCGUGCAAUUCAUUUGGAGCUUGUUCGAGAUUUGUCUUCAGAUGCGUUUAUUUCAGUAUUAUUCCGAUUUAUUGCACGCCGAGGUCAAUGUGUAAAUGUAUAUAGUGACAAUGGCACUAACUCCAUAGGCGCCAAAAAGAUACUUUCAUCGUGGGCAUUUGAUUUAUCUAAAGAAAGUAAAUUCAAUGAUCGACUAUCAGAUUUGGGCAUUGAAUGGCAAUUUAUUCCUCCGUCAGCCCCACAUUUUGGCGGACUAAUUGAAGCAGUCCUCAAUUCUAGACCUCUCACUGCAAUUUCAUCUGAUCCAUCUGACUUUAACGCUUUGACACCAGGGCACUUCCUAAUUGGAUGUCCAUUGACUUCUCCACCUGAGCCCAAUGUGUUGGAUAUUCCUGAAAAUCGGCUCCGUAAAUUCCAAUUAAUACAAUCUCGUUUGCAACAUUUUUGGAAAAGAUGGUCUUCAGAAUAUCUACCACAGUUGCAGCGCCGAGAUCGUUGGAUUUCAAAUAAGUCUGAAAAUAUAUCAGUUGGUGAUUUGGCAAUACUGAAACAGGAUAACAUCCCACCACUUCAAUGGCAGAUGGUUCGAGUUAUCAAAGUUAGUCCGGGUGCCGAUGGUGUUGUUAGAGUAGUUACAGUUCGGAACGCAGCUGGUGCAGAGUAUAUUCGACCUGCACGGAAGUUAGCUCGCCUACCCAAUCAAGAUCGAGAAGAUGCAGAAGAUUAG